UAACAAAUCCCCCAUUUUCACUGCUUUCAGUGCUUUCCCUCUCAAUCUUUGGCGCGCGAUCUUCGAAAGUAUGUUCAAUUGUUUUUCUGAGAAGUGAGGAUAGAGUAAUAGACAGAGAUGAAGUUCAAGGCAUUUCUGACGGAGAAUGGAGUCAAUCUCUUAGAAAGGAGAUUUCUUCCAGCCUUAGACAAAAUGGGGAAAAUAUGCCACCUCUUCCUCACUAGAGACCAUGCAUUCUUCCUUCACAACCUUCUCAGUGGUGAUGGGAUUCAAUGCAUUGCACAGUUUCACAAAGAAACUCUGUUUGAUGAUUACCGUAUCUCAAGCCAGAAUGAGGACCGCAUUGCGUUUGCCAUCGACAUAUCUAUUCUCCAACGUGCAGUCCGUAGUAGUGUCAGCAUUUGUUCUGAAUUUGGUGGUGGUGGCUCCACUGCUAAUCGCCUCCAGAUAAAGUUGGUGAAGAAGCUGCCCCCAAAUUGUACACAGCCAAUGCCUUUCCUUACAUUUGAAACCAAGGGGUAUAAGUCUGCUGUAAUCCAAGACAUCCCUAUUUCAAAACCAUUGUCAAGGGCUCAAGUUCUUGAGCUUCAGACUGCUCUAGAUAUGGCUCAAGAUUUGCCUCAGACUCUGGUUCAGGUUCCAGAUUUAAAUCAGUUGCAGAAUUAUAUAUACCGGAUGAAGCAUGUUGGAGAUUUGCUUAAUGUCUUCAUAAGCAAGUACGGCGAUGUGCAUGUACAAGUUUCAACAACUCUGAUCAGACUUGGUACUGAGUUUAGAAAAUUCCCGGUUAUUGGAGAGCAAGCUGUUGCUCCAUCUGACGAACAGCAUCUCAGUGCUCAGAGUCGAUCAGAGAGGGCAAUUUUGCGGGGAGAUGCUCAGUCUGUACAAGUAAGUGUCAAACACUUUUCCAAGAGUCUCCAGUUUCACCUUGCAAAACCAGAUUGUGCAUUCUAUGGGAUUCUUCCACAGAGUGCUUGCUUGACAGUUAUAUUCCAGUUUUUCUUUCCUGGUACACGUCAAACAGAUAAAUCAAUCAGUUUACAUUGCAGACUUCCAGUAAUAAAUCCUGGCUGAUAGUCAGCCUGAUCCUCUUUAG